AUGAGCCAUCUCAGACAUUUGUUUGACACUUCCAACACGUUUCAUCACCGAGAUGUCAAAAAAAGCUGGAACCUGGAAGUCGAAGCGUCGAAAACGCUCAGCAGGAGGUUAAAUUACGAAUUCCCAGAACUUGAAAGGUCAGUUCAUUCAAAUGAGUAUCGGAAACCGACUUGGAGGUUUGAUUUCAGGCAGCCGAUUAUUUGUGAGAAAUUUCACUGGUCCAGAGAUGGCGCAUCUUUCAUGACGGUUCAUAAUGACUUGGGAAUUCGUCAGUAUCUAUUACCAGAAGACACCGAGACGUCGCUUGUUCCGUUCAAGAGAUUCUUCAGGGGACAAUCUAUUAUGGAAUCAUGUGUUCAUCCACAGUAUUCGCUUUUCGCAGAUUCUUGUUACAACUUGGUGCUUCUUUCCUGUCGAGACUUGCCAAUUCAACUUUUCUCGCUUUCAGGGCAUGCGGAGGAGCACCCUGCUUUGUUCCGCUACGACGUGGCUAAUCCGCUGAACGAUCGCUACGAGCCGGUUUAUUCGCUAGCCUUUUGGGAUGACGUCGCUUUUCUCGCAGGAAUGGCCAGAAACAAAAUUGCGCUCUAUGAUUUAAACAAAGGAGACGCUGUGAGAGAAUUCCAGUGCCGACGCGAUAGCACCAAAAGCUUUUUGACCGCCAAAUCGAUUGUUUCGAGCUUCAAUGAAGACGCCUCAGAGUCUAGUAAAACGUUUCGUUACUUGGGCACGUACAAAAGUGAACUUUAUACGCUUGAUCCGCGUUCACCGUCUUGUUAUAACGUGUCAAAUCUCGAAAAAAAUCAUACCGGUAACGGCGGUGUAACACAGCUCUUGUCCAGCUUGAACGGCCAUUUCCUAUACGUUGUAACGAGAAACUCUGAUCGUAUUUGCGUUUUGGACACACGGCAGAAUUGUUCCUUGGUCAACGAGCUAGUGCUUCCCUUCAGAAUCGACAGCCAAAAAUUCAAGGGUUCCAUUAACGUUAACGGUCUUGCAAUGGGUACAGCUGACGGGUGCAUUCUGCAAUGGGACAGCGAUUUUGUCGAAUUUGGUGGAUUGUCACGUCACUCCACUAAAUCAGAAGAUAAUGCUGCUGAGUACACUUUAACCGGCAUCCCGACCUCCAAUGGCUCAAGACUGAAUAUCGUAGCGUGUAAUCCUGAAAAUCCAAAUAUGAUUGGCAUUUCUUAUUCAUCGGACAAGUUCGAUACUACUAAAGAUCCCGUUUGUGGCAUUUCUAUAGAUGAAAUCAUAUAA